CUCUUGUUUUCAUUCUGUCAUAAUACUGAGGAGUUUCAUUGCCGCCUGCGCAAAAUUCGCAGUCUCGAGGUCCACACAUUGAUUUGCGCGUGCAGAACGAGCGUCCGUCGAAUCGCAGCUUAGGAAGCGAGUUUUGCGGUUUCAGCGCAGUGUUUUCUCUGGUUGAGUUGACUGUAGUAAAACAUGGACCCGCAGAAAGUGACGGAGUUGAAGGCCUUCGUGCAGCUGUGCAAAGAGAAUUCAGCUGUACUGCACAUGCCAGAGAUGAGCUUCUUUAAAACCUGGUUGCAGGGGAUGGGAGCAAACGUACCAUUAGCAACAAAUAACAGAUCAUCAUGCAAGGGAAGCUGUCCAUGCGAUGGGGCUUCCAAAGGCGCACCAGGAUCCGAACAAGGCCCACUAUCUGAGAGUGAGGAGAGUGAAAUAGAAAUAGACAAUGAAGGAGUGAUCGAGCCAGAUACGGAUGAACCUCAAGAGAUGGGCGAUUACGAGAACCUGGAGGUCACAGAUGAAAUGAUAGACCAGGCCAAUGAGAAGAAGAUGGAGGCCAUUGGUGUGUUAGGAGAUGGUGACCUACAGAAAGCUCUGGAACUUUUCACAGAGGCCAUCAAGCUCAACCCGAAAAUGGCCAUUCUUUAUGCCAAAAGAGCUAGUGUUUAUGUGAAGAUGCAGAAACCCAACGCCGCAAUCAGAGACUGUGACAGAGCCAUUGACAUCAACCCAGACUCAGCCCAACCCUAUAAAUGGAGGGGAAAAGCACACAGAUUGCUUGGGCGUUGGGAAGAGGCGGCAAAAGACUUGGCAAUGGCCUGCAAACUUGACUAUGAUGAAGAGGCCAGUACCCUGCUUAAAGAAGUCCAGCCAAAGGCCAACAAAAUCAUAGACCAUCGGCGCAAAUAUGAACGCAAGCGAGAAGAACGGGAGAUCAGAACGAGGCAAGAACGAGUCAAGAAAGCAAGGGAAGAACAUGAAAAAGCACAUAAGGAACAGGAAGCCAGACAACCAUCUGGAGGAGGUGCACAGGGAGGGUUCCCCGGAUUUCCAGGUACAUUUUCGGUCGUUGAAUCUGAUGAGGUGAAUUAUUACUGUAAUGAAAGUUAUUUAUGUAUACUUAUUUCUUCAGGAGGUGCUGGUUUUCCAGGUGGAUCUCCAUUUGGAAUGCCUGGACUCGAUGGGCUUCUCAAAGACCCAGAGGUUCUCAUGGCUAUGCAGGACCCAGAGGUGAUGGCAGCCUUCCAGGAUGUGGCACAGAACCCAGCCAACAUCGCCAAGUAUCAGAGCAACCCCAAAAUCAUGGCUCUUAUCAACAAACUCAGCUCCAAGUUCGGUGGCGAGCAGCCCUAAAGGGCAGAAAAUAUGAAUGUGAAUGGUGAAUAAUGUCUGGUUCCAAUACUCUGAUGUAGCUUUUUCUCACUGGUUUCUUGCAACAAAAUACAGACAGUACUUAGCUUGAUGCAGCCAAAGUUGAGAUACAGUUUUACAGGAGUUGAGACUUGUACUGGAAUUCUGAAAAACUUUAAGAAAACUAUAAAGAGUAUAGGAACAAGACCAGGGAGAUGGUGGGGGUUGAGCAAGAACUGUCAAGAUUUGGUUUAUUUUUCUGAAGUUUUGUUGGGGAAAGACUAUUUCAUGGUUUUCUCUGAGGUCAGCUCAUUCAACACAUUUAACACUUAAGAAAAAGAUUCUGGAACAUUUACAGCAUAUCAUAAUGUGAGUCGAUUUAUCAGUACUUAUGGACUUGAGAAAAAGUCAGCAGUUGCUGCAUAGACAUUCAACAGCAUACGAUUCCAGGGGUUCAAGUAUAAUUUAUAACAAUCUCUCUCACAGCUGAUGGAUGUGGUCUUAAUGAGUGGGCUGCAGAUCUGUGUUUUUCUCAUAAAUCCCUAUUCAUAUUGUUUCCUUACACAUUAAAUAUUCAAUUCUGCUAGAUUAAUUUGUUUCAGUGUGGCUUCAUUCUCCAGAUUGAUAACAUUCAAUUUAGACUAUAUUUCUAACAGAUCAUACACAUUUCAUGUCCAAAUCAAACAGUCAAUCACUUUAGUUUGAUUAGUGUACUUUUUGAUUAACAAAGUGUCUUUUGUCCUCACCCUCAAUGUAAUCUAACAUAGUUUUCUGUCCAUUGUUAAUGCAAAAAGUUAAACUCAACACAUUCUUGUAAUGAGAAUUUAAUGUGUUUUCAUGAUGAUUUAAUUCAAUAAAAAUUUUGGCUGUUGCGAA